AUGGAGCCACACAACCAUUCAAGCCUGGCUGAAUUUGUGCUCCUAGGAUUCCCCAAGGUGGGGCAUGUCAGGGGCUGGCUCUUUGCCCUGCUGCUGUUGGCAUACGUGUUCACGAUGUGUGGCACCCUGCUGAUCUUUUUAGUCAUACGACUGGAUGCAGCCCUGCACACACCCACGUACCAGUUUGUCAGUGUUGUCUCCUUCCUGGAGCUGUGCUAUACAGCCCCCACCAUCCCCAAGAUGCUAGCUAAUCUUCUCAGUGAGGAGAAGACUAUAUCUUUUGCAGGGUGCCUCCUUCAGACUUAUUUCUUCCACUCCCUAGGGGCCUCUGAAUGCUACCUUCUCACAGCCAUGGCUUAUGACCGAUACCUGGCCAUCUGCCGGCCCCUCCACUACCCUGCAAUCAUGACCCCAACUCUCUGUGGCAGGAUGGCUGCCGGUUGUUGGGCUUGUGGUUUUCUGUGUCCCAUUUCCGAAGUCAUCCUGGUCUCCCAGCUUCCCUUCUGUGGCUGUAAUGAAAUCCAACACAUUUUCUGUGACUUCCCACCUCUGCUGAGCCUGGCCUGCACGGACACAUCCACCAAUGUCCUGGUGGACUUUUCCGUCAAUGCCUUCAUCAUCCUCAUCACCUUUCUCUUUAUUAUGGUUUCCUAUGGGAGAAUCAUUGGGGCUGUACUGAGGAUAAAAACAGCAGGAGGAAGAAAGAAAGCCUUCUCUACAUGCGCCUCCCAUCUCACCGUGGUCCUCCUCGUCUUCGGGAGCAUCAUCUUCAUGUACGUGCGCCUGGAGAAGAGCUAUUCACUGAGCCUUGACCGGACACUUGCUGUAAUCCACUCCGACUGA